AGUUGCGGAAAUUGAGUCGGCACUUUGGUUCUCAAGGAGAAGUGGAGAUGUCGACUGUUGCGUUAUGGAAUUCUCUCGCCACGAACGGUUUGCCGGCUGCUGUUUCAGCAGCGCCGGCGCGCCUUAGUCCUCCGCCACUUUCUGUCGUUUCUGCUUGCCGAGUUUCUCAUGUGAGGAAGCCUCAGGUAAUUACAAUCUGUCAUCGGCCAACGCGGCCUUCCUUCCUGGUGCAGGCUGUCGCAGACGACGAGCUGGGGAGCGAGAAAAAGGCUCUGAAGGGAGCGCUUGGGGGUUUGGCAGUGGUUGAGGAGGAGACGAACGGUGCGGCUUCCGUGAUUCCUGAGCUCAAGCGAAAGCUCAUCGAUCAAUUAUUCGGAACGGAUCGGGGAUUGAAAGCGACGAGCGAGACGAGGGCGGAGGUUAAUGAGAUCAUCUCACAGCUCGAGGCCAAGAAUCCUACUCCUGCUCCUACCGAAGCCCUAAGCUUGCUCAACGGCAAGUGGAUCCUCGCGUAA